CGUGCCCCGCCCGGUGCGGCAGGCGCGGCGGCCCCGCGGGGAUGUCCCGCAAACAGGCGGGCAAGGCCCGGCCCGCCGCCGCCAGGAAGGGCCGCCGGCCCCGGCAUUCCCCCGUCGGACCGGCCCCGGGCCCCGCUCCGGUCCACAGUGGCGGCCUGGCCGGGCAGCUCCGGGCCCUUGGCCUCAAGCUGCGGGAGGUGCCGGGAGAUGGCAACUGCUUGUUCCGGGCGCUGGGGGACCAGCUGGAGGGGCACUCCCGGAACCACCUGCGCCACCGCCAGGAGACCGUGCAGUUCAUGGUGCGGCAGCGCGCCGACUUCGAGCCCUUCGUGGAGGAUGAUGUGCCCUUUGACAAACAUGUUGCCAAUUUGGCCAAGCCUGGCACUUUUGCUGGCAACGAUGCUAUCGUGGCCUUUGCAAGGAACAAUCAAAUGAAUGUGGUUAUUCAUCAGCUCAACACUCCACUGUGGCAGUUUGUUUCUUUUGUUGAGAUCCGGGGCACAGACAGGAGUGGCGCCAGGGAGCUGCACAUCGCCUACAGGCACGGGGAGCACUACGACAGCGUCAGGAGGCUCAGCGACGACUCGGAGGCACCGGCCCACCUGCGGAUGGAGAUGCUUUGCAAGAACGAUUCCAAUAAGGCAGAGGAAGUCAAGCCACAGAAUGGUGAUUCUGAAGAUGAGACUGAGGUGGAGAUGGAAGAUGCUGUACAAAAAGUGUGCAGUGCCACUGCCACUGGGUGUUCAGACAUGGAUUUAGUAAGCCACAUUCUUGAGGUGGAGGGCUACAACGUGGAGUCUGCAAUAUUUGCCAUCUUGCAGGUGAAGGAAGGGGAAGGAAUAGGUACUGAGGAGCAGCAGGAGCCCCUGGGCAGGGAGCAGAAAUCCUGCAGCAGGACACUGUGGGAAGAGAAUGUAACUGGUUCAAGAAUCUUUGGAAAUCAGAGCUUGCAUCAAGGUGAAGCAGAGAACAACAAGGGACAAUCUGGAUCCAGGGAAGAGAACCGAGCCAGCAGAAACCCAAAGGUGGCCAAGAAGCAGAGGAAGGAGCAGCAGCGGCUGGAGAAGAAGAAGCGGCAGGAGGAGAGGCACCGGCAGAAGGUCCUGGCCACCAAGAGGAACAGUGCAGACACCAGGACAGAGACAGAGCCAGCCAGCCACAUCACCCUGGUCAAGGCCAUGGCAGCCCUAAACAUAUGACUCAGUGCUCUGAUGGGAAAAGCAAAUAAAACUGAUGAAGACAGAAUUCCCCCAGGAGAAUUUCCAGGCACCCAUGUUGAUCUUAAAAUCCAUCUCUGGGAUUUCCAAACACAAAAGAACUUCCUCUUCCUUUGCUUGUGGGGAGGACAAUUGCUCAUUGAUUCUGCAUCAACCUGUGGUAAGAAGAGUUGUUUAAAUCUAACAGGAAGUAGAGACUUGGCUCUAUAAUCUUGGAGUUACACAAAGAUGAGGACGUUUUCUUCACACAACGGUGGCAGAUUUGUUUUGACAUUUCUUGAUGUGCCUGGUUUUGGGGGUUUUUUUGGUUGGUUUUUUUUGGGGGGGUUUUUUUUGUUUGUUUGUUUUGGUUGGUUGGUUUUGGGGGUUUUUUUGUUUCUUUUUUUUUUGGUUGGUUGGUUUUUUGUUUGUUUGUUUUUGUUUUUGUGGGUUUUUUUAUUUGGUUAUGCUUGGAGAAGCUUUAUUUUACCUUGCUGUCAGGGUAUCAGACAAUCUCUUAACAAAUCUCAACUCAGGAAUAUCUCUGGUGGAUCUUUCUCUAUUUAAAUUCAAAAAAAGUAAGAAAACAGAGUCCCAGAAUCCUUUCCAAAGCAAAGUGUGUCAGCCAGUACUGUGUCAAACAAAACAUUCCUCUUUUGUUUGCCAUGCAGGAAUACAGUGACAAGUUUUAAUCUCACUAGAACUUCUGGCAUUGCACUGAGCAGGUUCAGAAGUGAUGAAUACAUGGAGGGAGAUGGGAAUUGCAGCAUCCAUGCUUGCUGAGGUUUGGGAUCAGCUCCUUUAAGUUGAGACUUGUAGUGGGGGGAAAAACCCCAAAACAAUAAUCCCAGUGGACUCAUGAGAAUGCAGAGCUGAUUCUUCUGAUCUGGUAAAAUGUGACAGGAACUGGCUUGAAGUUUCUGAUGAGUGUUAUUACUUGGACACCUGGAAUCUUGUCCCUUUGCCCUGUUCCAGAGCUUUUGGUCUAUUCCAGCACUUUAGUCCAAGUCAGGAGCUGGACAGGUGUUAGUCUCCAAAUGAAAUUAGUAUAGCCAAAGGACCAAGAGUCCUGGGAAGACGCUUCCAAGCAGCAGUGAUCCCUGGGGAAAAAAUGUCUAUUUCACUUCAUAAAUGAAGCUUUUUUCCAGGGUAGGUUUUUUUCCUUCUUAAAUUCCAUUUUAGUGAGGUCACCAAGAAGGAUGCACAGCUUGUCUCCUUGUGAUGUUUUCCACUGUAGGACUGAGAAUUUGGAUUGAGGUGAAAGGACUGUGGGAUUGAUCAGCCUUUGAUUUAUAGCUCACAGUGUUUCAGCUCCUCUCAGAUUUUUGGGCUUGUAACAAGCAUUAAGCUUGAAGAAAGCACAUGUGCACUUAAAGGAGACACCUCAUCAGCCAGGGCAGAGUAAAAAGGAUUUUUUAAAAAUAAGGAGUGUUGCAUUUGAAAAAUUAUCUGUGCUUAAAAGUUUAUAAAUCAGCAUGGAGAUAUUAAUGGGUUUUUUACUGAACUGCCAAGAACUGGGCUGCUGCUUGGUGUGGUCUGCUGCUGUUACUUGAAGAAUAAAAAGGAAGGAGCUCUCCUUUAAGAA